GGGAGGGGACAGCGCGGGAGCGCGCCUGCCGCGGCUCUUCUCGCCGGGCUGCCGAGCGGGCAGCAGCAGGAGCAGCGGCACCGAGAGCGCGAGUGGCCCCUGGACCCUCUUCUCCCCGGGCAGAGAGGGGCCGCACCUUCCCGUGAGUACCGACUGGCCGUCUCUGUCACCGCGCCGCGCAUCACGCAGGGCAAGGCAGUAACAUAAAGACCUGUCAUAGAGGAGAUAAGAAAAGGAGGAAAAGAAAAAAGAGAUACCAACUUUCUCAGAAGUUAUUUGUACAAAGGAUCAAUAUUUCAAGAUGUGUGAAGGAGAAGGGUCUGACUGACAAGCUGCCUUGAUAUACACUGUUAUUCUGACUAUGACUGGAUUGACUGAAAAUUGCCUCAAAGAGUAAGGUUUCUUGUCUAUACUUACAUAACUACUGCAAGCUAUCUAGUCUUACCAAGUUGAACUUCAUUCUUCAAGUGUGAUUUACUCAGUACAACCCAAAAUCAUGAUGAAAAAGAUGAGCAUACCUACAAGCAAAAUUUCCCUGGUCCUCUUUCUGUGCCAAAUUAUUUCUGCACUGGAUGUACCUCUUGACUCAAAACUUCUAGAAGACUUGUCACAACCUCCUACGAUAACUCAGCAAUCUCCAAAAGAUUACAUUGUUGACCCUCGAGAGAAUAUUGUAAUACAGUGUGAAGCCAAAGGAAAGCCACCUCCUAGCUUCUCCUGGACACGCAAUGGAACUCAUUUUGAUAUAGAUAAAGAUGCACAGGUAACAAUGAAACCAAAUUCAGGGACUCUUGUCAUAAAUAUUAUGAAUGGUGGGAAAGCAGAAGCAUAUGAGGGAGUUUACCAGUGUACAGCAAGGAAUGAACGAGGAGCAGCCAUUUCCAACAAUAUCAUUAUAAGGCCUUCUAGAUCGCCUUUGUGGACGAAAGAAAAACUGGAACCAAAUCAUGUUCGCGAAGGUGAUUCACUAGUACUGCACUGCAGACCUCCUGUUGGCUUGCCACCACCUAUCAUAUUUUGGAUGGAUAAUGCUUUCCAAAGGCUGCCUCAAAGUGAAAGAGUUUCCCAAGGUCUAAAUGGAGAUCUUUAUUUUUCUAAUGUACAACCAGAAGACACUCGGGAGGACUAUAUCUGCUACGCAAGAUUUAAUCACACGCAAACUAUACAGCAGAAACAACCCAUAUCUGUAAAGGUCCUUUCAAUGGAUUCAUUGAAUGACACUAUAGCUGCUAAUUUGAGUGACACUGAUAUUUAUGGUGCAAAGCCAGUUACAGAAAGGCAGCCAGUUCUUCUAACACCAACAGGUAGCACAAGUACCAAAGUGGAACUCAGAGGAAAUGUGCUUUUGUUGGAGUGCAUCGCAGCAGGAUUACCCACACCAGUAAUCCGCUGGAUCAAGGAGGGUGGGGAACUGCCAGCCAACAGAACAUUUUUUGAAAACUUUAAGAAAACUCUCAAGAUUAUAGAUGUUUCAGAAGCUGACUCUGGGAACUACAAAUGUAUAGCAAGAAAUACUUUAGGUUCAGUUCAUCAUGUCAUUUCAGUAACUGUGAAAGCUGCUCCAUACUGGAUAACAGCACCCAGAAACUUGGUUUUGUCUCCUGGUGAAGAUGGAACAUUGAUCUGCAGAGCUAAUGGCAACCCAAAGCCUAGUAUAAGCUGGUUAGCAAAUGGUGUUCCCAUAGCAAUUGCCCCAGAAGAUCCUAGCAGAAAGGUGGAUGGUGACACCAUUAUUUUCUCACACGUGCAAGAAAGGUCAAGUGCUGUCUAUCAGUGCAAUGCUUCUAAUGAAUACGGAUACUUGCUAGCAAAUGCGUUUGUGAAUGUUCUGGCUGAGCCACCAAGAAUUCUAACUCCUGCUAAUAAACUGUAUCAAGUCAUUGCAGACAGUCCCGCAUUGCUAGACUGUGCUUAUUUUGGGUCACCUAAGCCUGAAAUUGAAUGGUUUAAGGGAGUGAAAGGUAGCAUCUUGCGUGGAAAUGAGUACGUUUUCCAUGAUAACGGAACCUUGGAAAUUCCAGUGGCUCAGAAGAAUAGUGCUGGUACAUACACAUGUGUAGCAAGGAAUGAAUUAGGAAAGAUACAAAAUGAGGUGCAGUUGGAAAUUAAAGAUCCAACGAUGAUCAUUAAACAGCCAGAAUACAAAGUGAUUCAGAGAUAUGGCCAGGUUUCUUUUGAGUGUAUAAUAAAACAUGAUUCUACCUUACUACCAACAGUUACAUGGUUGAAGGACAAUGAUGAACUGCCAGAUGAUGAAAGGUUUCUAGUUGGUAAAGACAACUUGACCAUUAUGAAUGUAACUGAUAAAGAUGAUGGAACAUACACUUGCAUAGUUAAUACUACUCUGGACAGUGUUUCAGCAAGUGCUGUGCUUACUGUUGUUGCUGCUCCCCCAACACCAGCUAUCAUUUACGCUCGGCCAAAUCCACCCUUUGACUUGGAAUUGACAGGUCAGCUAGAAAGAAGCAUUGAUCUCUCAUGGAUACCAGGGGAUGAAAACAACAGUCCCAUUACAAGCUUUGUGAUUGAGUAUGAAGACGCGCUGCACGAACCAGGAGUGUGGCAUUACCAGACGGAAGUCCCUGGCACUCAGACAACAGUGCAGCUGAAGUUGUCUCCCUAUGUCAACUACUCCUUCCGUGUGAUAGCUGUCAAUAAGAUUGGCAGAAGUCAGCCCAGUGAGCCAUCUGAGCAGUACCUGACAAAAUCUGCAAGCCCUGAUGAAAAUCCUGCUAAUGUGCAGGGGAUAGGCUCAGAACCUGAUAAUUUGGUAAUAACAUGGGAGCCUUUAAAAGGUUUUCAGUCUAAUGGACCAGGGCUUCAGUACAAAGUCAGCUGGCGCCAGAAAGAUGUUGAUGAUGAAUGGACAUCUGUUAUAGUUGCAAAUGUAUCUAAAUAUAUUGUGUCUGGUACACCAACUUUUGUCCCAUAUGAAGUUAAAGUGCAAGCUUUAAAUGACUUGGGGUAUGCACCAGAGCCAUCAGAGGUGAUUGGACAUUCAGGGGAAGACUUGCCAAUGGUUGCUCCAGGCAAUGUGCAGGUUCAUGUUAUUAACAGCACAUUAGCAAAGGUGCAUUGGGACCCAGUUCCACUAAAAAGUGUCCGAGGACACCUUCAAGGGUACAAGAUUUACUACUGGAAAGUGCAGAGUCUGUCCAGAAGGAGUAGACGACAUGUAGAAAAAAAGAUCUUGACUUUCAGGGGAAACAAGACUUUUGGAAUGUUACCAGGGCUGGAGCCCUAUAGUUCCUACAAGCUGAAUGUUAGAGUUGUUAAUGGUAAAGGAGAAGGACCAGCAAGCCCAGACAAAGCAUUUAAGACCCCUGAAGGAGUUCCUAGUUCACCUUCCUUUCUGAAGAUUACUAACCCAACAUUGGACUCUCUGACUCUGGAGUGGGGCUCACCCACCCAUCCAAAUGGUGUUUUGACAUCAUAUACACUGAAGUUUCAGCCAAUCAACAACACACAUGAAUUGGGUCCCUUGAUAGAGAUAAGAAUUCCUGCCAAUGAGAGCAGCUUGAUAUUAAAAAAUUUAAAUUACAGCACCCGGUACAAGUUUUACUUUAACGCACAAACUUCAGUUGGAUCAGGAAGUCAGAUAACUGAGGAAGCAGUAACAAUUAUGGAUGAAGCUGGUAUUCUCCGUCCUGCUGUAGGUGCAGGCAAAGGAUAUUCAGAAAUCCUUUUUGCAACUUCCCCAGUCAUGCAUACUGUCCGUCCAACAUUCUAUAAGGUUCAACCACUUUAUCCAAGGAUCAGAAAUGUUACAACAGCUGCUGCUGAGACCUAUGCCAAUAUCAGUUGGGAGUAUGAGGGACCAGAUCAUGCGAACUUUUAUGUUGAAUAUGGUGUAGCAGGCAGCAAAGAAGAUUGGAAAAAAGAAAUUGUAAAUGGUUCUCGAAGCUUCUUUGUCUUAAAGGGUUUAACACCAGGAACAGCAUAUAAAGUCCGGGUUGGUGCUGAGGGCCUGUCUGGUUUUAGGAGUGCAGAGGAUGUGUUUGAGACAGGUCCAGCAAUGGCAAGCCGGCAGGUGGACAUCGCUACUCAAGGAUGGUUCAUUGGUCUUAUGUGUGCUGUUGCUCUUCUGAUCUUGAUUUUACUGAUUGUAUGCUUCAUAAGGAGGAAUAAGGGUGGCAAGUAUCCAGUGAAGGAAAAGGAGGAUGCACAUGCUGAUCCAGAAAUACAACCUAUGAAGGAAGAUGAUGGAACGUUUGGUGAAUACAGGUCCAUGUCUGCUUGGACAGGAAAGAAACUGGACAAGGAAAGGAGAACAAAAGGUAGCUGUGCCAAUUCUCCUGAAGCAAACCCUCUCUUUACCAAAGCAAAGUCUGUGAGAUCUGACAGAUCCAACUUCUUCAGAAGGUCAGGGGAUCAAUACUCCAGCACCAGAUCAGAGACCUCCUACACCAGGAGGAGGGCUAGGCAGUCUUCAGAGCUUACAAGGGUUAGUUCUGUCUCUGCUUCCCUCUGCCGAGAGGAAAAGAGGUCAGACGGAUGGAAGUACAGGCAUGGCUCUAGACAUCAUGCUUCUGAGCAACACAUAAUGGGGUCGGAGGAGGGCUCAGAUUCUCAGGCAGGACAGCCAUCCCCUUUCCAGCAACCCCUCAGCUGCAACUCAAUUGGUGGCUUACUGGGAAGGCAGCAUUCUUCUCUCCAGCACUGGUGCAGCCAGACCCCAGACUGCAGCUCAGAUUCAGAAGACACUCAGAGCUCCUGCCACAGGAAGGUAAGACCUUCUACUGCUACUCACUUCUCUGAAUCUGAAAAGAAUUCACUAAUGAAAUCUAUAAUCUUGCCUGAGCUGGCCACUGUCUUAAAGGAUGCUUUGACAGCAGCCAGACAAAGCAUAACAUCUGUGGCACAGGCUAGGUCCCAUUCAGUGAAGCAUCCCAAGGUACCAAUUGCAGAAGUUCCACUGGUUCCUUUAGAAGCAUCCGGGAGCAGUUCCCAGAUUUCUGAGUUUGAUCAUAUGGACAGCUUAAAAGAUCAAACAACUUCUGGGAAGGAGAAACCUGAGGCUGACAAGGCCUGGGAGGUUGAAUCAGCCCCUGAAGACGGGGAGGUGGCAUCUGAAUCCCCUACAGAAGAUCCAGAAGGACCAGAUUCUCUACGUAAAUUUGACAUAGAGAAUCAGAAUUACCUUUUUGAACACAUAAAGAAGGUGCUAAUGCUAAAGUCUUCCAAAUCUGAAUGUGCCUCUGAAGAAGGCAAGGUAGAUAAUGCACUUCCUAUCCAUUCAGCUGUGGAAGAUCUUGUCUGCAGGAUUUGGGGAAAUCCUGAAGCCAAGCAUGAAGCCCCACCAGUCCUACAUAAGCUCUAUCCUUUUCCAGUGGAUAAAGCUGCUUUGUGGGGGACCUUGCCUGAGGUAGACAGAGCAUUGGUUACUGGUAAUUGUGUACUGUCAGUGCCUGAUAAUACAGAUGCUCUCCCUAAAGAUCCUACUGACAGAAAGAUUGAGGAAGCAAUUAAAAGAUCUUUCAAGCUAGCUGCAGCCCAGCUUGGAGUAUCUAUCUACUGCACUUAUGCUUCUAAAGCUUUGCUAAUAUGGUUAGAGGAAGAACAAGCUAGAUUCAAAAAGAAGUGGGUCCCAUCUGGUGCCAUGCAGAGAAAACGCAGGCUGUGUAAAAUUGCAGCUAAUUUUAUCCAUGAUGCAGCUGAGGAUUCUCUUAGACUCACUGUUAAAAAUGUGGCAUGCCUCACUGUAGCCUGGAGAGCUCUCUGGCUGCGUCCUUGGAGCUCAUCACUAGAUCUGAAAUGUAAGCUGCUGUCUUUACCAUACACAGGGGGCAAGCUGUUUGGUGAAUCCUUAGUCCAGAUCAUGCAGGAUGCCUCAGAACACAAGCACUCCUUACGUCAGAUGAAAAAAAAGAGCUCUGUUGGAAGCUCUUCAUGUUCUCACAAGUGUCUGAGCUCCUUGCGUUCUCCUCCAAAGUUCAAAGGAGGGAAGGGAAAGUAUAAGGUCUCACAUUCAUUUCAUGCCAAGUAUGAAAAGACAUCUCACUUUCAAAGAGAUAUCAGACCAUCAAGAGGAACUUUCUAAGAACAUAGACUUGCUUCCUAGUUUCACAGGAACUGAGAAGAGUGAAAGACAUGGAAAUGUUUCAAUAUUUCUGAACAAAUAAACCCAGCGCUUAGAAAAUUAGUUGUUCCCAAGUAAGAUUUAAAUUAUGAAGUUACUUAAAUCUUAAUGACUAAUUAAGAUAUUUUAGAGAAAUCAUAGCUCUCAAAUCCCUUCUCUUUAGGGGAGGGUUUUUUACAUUAGAUUUCUAGUCUUUCUAGUGGUCUUUGGAUGGUUUGGAUUUGUUUGAAGUUUUGCACUCCUCAAUUUCAACUGAGAGAAUACUUUCUAUGUGAGAGUUGGCUGGUCUGUAGGACCAGACAACAUCAGAUUUUUCUGCUAUAUUGAUCUAAUGAAAGAAAUAAUGCUUUAGGAAAUGCAGGUGUUUUGGGAACUAAGGAAUUACUAUGGCUGCUAUAUUCCUGUGACUGGAUGGAUUCCUUCAUUUUUACAUAUAAGGGAAAACAGUGCCUCUGUAGCAAUCUGCUCUGCACCCUCAGUGGUUUUCUGAGUUGUAGAAGACUGAGACAGUAAAUUGUGGACAGUCAUUGUCUACACCAAGAACCUGCAAGCAACAGAAGAAGUACCACAGAUGUGUGUUGAGAUCAGCAUAGGUGUAAAUAAGCCUAAAUUUCUCUUCUGGUCCAUAAAUGGAGAGAAAUUAAGAAGUUAUGACAGCUACAGACCUGUGAGUUCAUGGGUAGGAAAACUGGAAGCAAGCAAUUACAAGGGAAAGUUGGAAGUCCAGUGGUCUGCAGAAUGUUCUUAGGAAGAUGAAACAGGACAAGGCAAAUACAGUAGUGGAAUUGCUGCUGUGGUAACUCAGGAUAUUUGCACAUUUUGGUGAAUUAUUUUGCCUCUUUUCUUCAAUAUUUUGACACACACUGUUUUAUCUAGAAAUUCUAGGAUAUGCUGUGAGUCACUUUGGCAGAGAGUUCUGGGAUUGCUAGAUAAUAUAUUACUCUUUCUUCUUUUUCUGAGUUGAUUAACAAUUAAAAUAAAGUUUGUAACUACAAGUGUAGGGUUUUUCUCUUGUAGUUACUUAACUUGCAGCUUAGGUGUGUUUCCAUAGGGACCUAGUCAUGAUUUGUGCCUCAGGACUGUAAUUCUAAGCUUGGUCCCUUCCAGGACAAGAGAUUAUCUCAGUGGAGAUUAUCUGAAGAGCUGAACAGUCCAACUGGAUUUGGCAGUGGUCUUACUGUGUUCUAAUUUACGCACAUGUACUUUCUUUGACAAUUCUUGUUUUAAUUCUGGAAUACUUGAGUGACUAACAACUUUCAGUACAUUGCAUUUUAAAGCCAGAGCUUCAUCACCCAGUUUUUCCAGCUUCUGCCAGGACUGAAGAUUGAGUAUUACAGAUAUGCUAAUGAAAAACUACUCAGAAGACUGAUAUAGUUGUGCUUAAAUAAGAAAUAGUAAAAUGGCUUGAAGUCUGGAUUGAAUGUAAUAAUAUUAGGACUCUCAGUCCUAAUAAUUUAGGAGUAUCAGCGGAAACCUCUUAGGUGUGGGAACAGAUUCUCCUGGAGUAUGCAGAGAAGCCACAGAGGAAGGUAUUUCUGUGGCUUUCCCUGAUAUUUAGCUUUUAUUUAAACAUUUCUGGGCUAUUGACCUGAGGUCACAGAAAAAGGAAUUUAGUGCCAACCGUUUUCAUCUUCUGCAUCCACUUUCUGUGUCUCAUAGCCCAGAAUGUUUUACCCACUUUGUUUCAUGUUGCCUUUCACUUGACAGUUGUGCUGUAAGGAAAAGUAGUAUAUUGCUAACCAUAUAUUGAGUCUUUUUGCAUGUCUAUGAAUGUGGCAAAGUUUAGUUGGGAACUAGUUGCCUGCUGGACUGCAGAGGCAUCAUAAAAGUUUCUUCCCCAUUCUGACUGGUUGCUGCAUGUACCCAUAUCUAAGGAAGAAAAAUUGAAAAGUUGAAAGAAGAAAGGAGAUUUCAAGGUACAUAUUUCUUUCAAUAACUGAUAAGCUUGUGAAAUGGAAUUACUUUUUUAAAACAAAUAAAUUUGUAUUUUGCACUUAUGGUAUUGUUACGUUCAUACUUCUUAUGUCUCUUAAUAACUAACUUCAAGUUUGAUAUGUGUUUCAUCAAACUAAGAAGAGAAACAUUCAUAUAAUAGCAGUCAUUAAUGAUUAAUAUUUAAAUCAUGCUUUUAGAAUAUGCUUUAAUAGUAAAUGCUUUUCUUACUGAAGUGUAUGUGGUACAUAUAAGUACUUAUCAAAAUGAAUGAUACAUAUAAGUCUUCUUUGUGAAAUUUUCAUCCCUAAAAAAAUACUAGUAUGGAAUUUAUUUUUACAGCAAAAAAUAGUAAAAGUAUGGCUACACUUAAUUUCCAUGGCUCUAAAUAAAGCACUCUCACCUCAUGUUUGGUUCCCUUCCAGUAUUGUUUUCUGACUAUUAAUUAGAUGUGCUGCAUAAAUGAAACUUUAAAAAAGCUUCUUCAAUUUGCCACUGUAAUUUUAGUCAACACAAUUGACUCAUUUUUUAAUAUUACAAUAUUACACUAGGUACAUAAUAAAAGUCAGCAAGCAAAACCACAAACAGAAACAAACUGAUUUAUCCUGAUUGCAUUUUGGAAUAGUUUUAUGAGCAGGUGUAAGCAAGGUUGGCAAACCUUGUGGGUACAAAAUUUAUGGCUUUACCAUGUUUUUGCAAUAUAAUAUUAUAAAAAUUCUACAGCCUAAAGUGUUCUAUAGCUCUUCCUAAUGUAAUUCAGCAGCUUUUGCAGUUUGCUUCUUGGCAACAAACAGAUAUUACAUUCAUUUUGCCAGACCACCAGAGCUCCUCCUCUUUUUUGAAUCCCCAGGGUAGCAAAAGUGUUGUCCAAAACAUUGAUAUGUUGACUUUUUUCUCCUUCUCCUAUUUGGUUGGUUUUUUCAUCUUUCCUCAAUUCUUUCUUUUCCACACAAAACACUGUGUUAAUUUAAGAGUCAUAAUCCAGUUUGAUACAGAAAAAAUGGUACCAUGGCAUAUGUUAUCUUUUCUGAACCAGGAGUGUAAAGCAUCUUGGAUAAUCCCACUUGUUUUUCCACUACCAGAGUCAUGGCAGAACCUCUCUCUAGACUUAUAUAGUGCAACAAGUGAAGGAAUCCCCGGGUUUGAUUUGAUUUUUGGAUUUGCUGUGACUGUGCUCUCACACCAGUGCCCACUUCCAUGUACAUACACUGCUGGGUAAAUCUGCAGUUGUUUUUGCUUUUAAUUAUAGAGAUUGUAGAAUUCACAUCCUGACUAAAAUAUAGAAAAAUCUUAUACUCAGUGCAACCCACUGUGUAAGUAUUUCUUCAUUGUUUGUCUUAUGCAUAAACUUUGUUUGCAGAAAUAUAAAUAAGAAAACCAGAAGAGCAACACAAAGCAGAAGUUCUCAUACUCAGAUUUUUCUGAAUUGUAAUGGCAAAUCGAACUUCUCAUUGGAUUAAAAUGUUGGUGCAUUUAUACAGUAGAGGCAUAUUGUUUAUAUAUGUAUAUUCCAACCUAGUGAAUUACACUGGCUGGGGUCAUACUUUAGAAUAUUUGCACAGAGAUUCAUGACCAAUCAGAAUAUGAUACAAUUGCAAUUUUCAUUUCUUUUAAUUUCUUUGUAUUGUGGUGUAAAGAAUUAUGAAGUUAUUCACCUGAAAUUAAACAAUAAACCGUAUACCCAGUGCUCUUUCCUUAACAGUCUAACCCAGAAAGCAGAUCUUCCCUGGGAGUAGGACUGGUUACAGUUUCAAAAGAAGGGCCUGGCCUUCAUUUGAUUUGUGCAGCCUGCUUUAAUGACUGUUAAUACCUUCUGAUGGAGGCAUUGGAGAAACUACAGUGUGUAUGAGUAUUAAAUACUGGAUUCCAACUUCAGCCUUCUAAAUACGGGGUCCUUCCAAAAUGAACUCUCUUCAGUAAUGUCUCUGUGAUCUGCUUGUGUUCGCAGUGUUACAAACAUUUUCACUCUGCUGCUGGAUUCUUGAAGUUUUGGAGUACGGUCUUUUAAAUGUUACUGGCCUGUGUGUUUGCAGCACCAGUGAGCACAGAUCAAUGACUUUUAUCCUCGUGCCUUAUACACCACAAUAAGUAAAACAUCAAGCCUGAUACAGUCACAUUUGGAGGUUUUGCUUUUGUGUGCUUUGAGCAUGAGGAUUUUCUUGCACAUAAAUAAGAGAGAUAUUCCUACCACUUUUUUUCUGCUGUAUAUGCAGAAUGAUAAAAUCUCUGAUAUGCUUUUUCUGUAAGUAUAUGCAUAUUAGAGUUGUCCUUCUUUUAGAAUUUUUUAACUUAGUGUUUUCCAAAACAAACAAACCAAAAAAAGGUGAUGAGGAGAAAUGGCUUGAUGGAAAAUGGGUGUAAUGGUUUUCUAGCAACAGUUUCCAAGAGAGCUUUUGUUGGCUAACUAUAUGAUCUGAUGUGGCCUUGUACAUCCUAUGAUUUUAUAUAUAUAUAUAUAUAUAUAUAUAUAUAUAUAUAUAUAUGUAUGUAUAUAUAUAUAUGUUUUCUCUGGGUGCUUAAAAGUAUUAAUUAGAAAAAAAUUGCAUUAUUUUAUAAGAUAUUAGGUUUUAGGAAAUAGAGGGUUAAAAUAAUUUGCUGAGUAUAUAUUCAGCCUAGUAUUCUAGAAAUUGCAAACUGUAAUUUUGUUUCUUUAAUAUUUUAUAUAUGUUUCUUUAUAUUUCUCAUAAACUGUGAAUCUAAAUAAAAAGCCCAAACUACUUCCUUUUUUUGUACCCUAUAUGCAAAUCAAGUCAUAUGUUCUGUUUAAGACAAAGUAAAUAAUUGCACCCAAAAGUGCAGCUGGCAAUAGUGGAUUUCAAUUCAAAAUGCUUUGGAGCUGCUGCUGAAAUCCUCAUCUUGACACUGAAGUGCAAUGUAAAGGAUUCUGAAAAGAGCCCAACUAUAUCUAUUUCAUGAAAUACAAGCCUACCACAGUUGCCAGUUUAUUUGAGGGUGUUGAUGGUGCUGCAGCUUUUCCAUGGACAAAGGAAAGACCACAGUACUUUGCUACAGACAUCUCCUCUAUUGGCCUUUCUUUCCUUUCGUUUUUGUGUUGUCCUCCAAAUCACCAUCAUCAUUGUCAGAGCAUUAUUGGUCAUAGAGUAGGGUAGGGAGAUGGAUCUGAUAAGAAAUGAAAAGACUAAGCAUGCUCUCAACUCCUCAAUUCUAGCUACUGUAAGCUAAAUUGUUGCUUUACCUGUAACACAGUAAAUAUUGUAGAAAUUUUAAGAGCUACUUAUUAUUGAUACAAUACUGAUCACUAUCAGGAUAUGGACUUUGCUUUUCU